UCUGAUAAGUAAAAUGAAAUAAAUAAAUAGGAACUUACAGUCCAUUAUCCUAGAUCUAGACUAGAAUCUAGAUCUACUAGUAGAUUUAAAAUCUGAGUGGUGCUCAUAAUCUAAUGUACUAUUCAAAAUGAUUGAAGUAAACAGAGAUAAUUUCGACAUUGUGUAUCCAAAAGUUGAAUAUGCAAUUAAAGUGGCCGAUUUUAUUUCAAUUGAUGCUGAAUUCACAGGACUUCAUUUUGAUGAAAGAAGCAAACCCAGUUUGUUUGACAGUAGUACAGAGCGAUAUGCAAAGCUGAAGAGAAGUAUUCAAAAAUAUACCUUAUCACAGAUAGGUCUGACAACCUUUACUCGAAACAUUACAAACAACCAAUAUCUUUCUCAGACAUUCAAUUUCUAUCUAUGUCCCAUACCCUUUGGUUCCAAUGAUCAAAGAUUUUGUCUGCAGGCAUCUAGCUUGCAGUUUCUUUGCAAACAUCUGUUUAAUUUUAAUAAGUGGUUUUAUGAAGGAAUCCCUUACUUAAAUAAUGUUCAAGAACAAGUGGUAUGGGAAGAGCUCGAUGGUGGACUUCUGUUUGGAGGCAUUAACAGUACUAUUGAUGAAAAAGAGAUACAGAGUUUUUGCUCUAAGGUGGCAUCAUGGCUCCCAAACAGUAAAAUUGGAGAGAGUUUAACAUUAACCAAAUGUGAAGAUAGCCAGGAAUAUAUUUAUCAUUCUGAUUUAAGGAUGAGAUUUUCUCAAAUAUGGACUUACAAAAACCAGUUUGAUCAGAUAGUUGUUGAGCAUGUGGACUCCAUUAAAAGGCAUCUGCUUGAAAAGCAAAGUCAUGAGUCAGACAGACAGUUUAAAAGAAAGCAAGUUUUGCAGUUAUUAGGGUUCACCAGAAUAUUUAGAUUACUUCAAAAAUCUCACAAGCCUAUUGUUGGGCACAACCUGUUGAUGGAUCUCAUGUUUAUGUAUGACAAAUUUUAUAAUCCUCUACCAGAGAGCUAUCGUGACUUUAAAGAAGGAAUCAACAAAUUAUUUCCUGUUAUAUUUGAUACCAAACACAUGAACUAUUGUUUGAAAAAGCAAUUAGAAUCAUUGGAAAUCUACAACUCUAACAGCUUAGUGGAGCUUUACCACAACCUCAGCAGCACCCAUUUUUUGUUAGCAACUAUUCACCAACCCUCCAUACUUCAAGAUGAAGAUGAAUCAGGCGCAGGAGACGAAGAAAAACCUCACCAUGCAGGUUAUGACUCAUACUUGUGUGGUUGUGUGUUUCUUAGAUUAAGCCAUUUCCUUCACUACCGAAAUAUUGAUGCCAUGGAUGCAGCACCUUGCAUUUUCAAAGACUACCUUCAGAGCUUGAAAAAAUAUAAGAACUGUAUUAAUAUUAUAAGGGCAAUGGUAAACCAUAUAAGGUUAGAUGGAGAAGAACCCCCAUGCCAGAGGCCACCUUUAAUUCAUGUUGAGUCCAUAUUGCCAGGAGGGAAACUAAUUUCACAACAGCUUGCAGCCUGGUUUUCAUUGUACGGCACUGUUGACAUUCAAACUGUGAACACAAGACAGGCACUUGUGGCUACUUCUAAUUUUCUAACGGCUCAAGACAUCAUUCAGGCAUUUAAAAACCAUCAUUCAAUAAGGGUUACCAAGUACAGAUUCUGGGAUCAUUCAUCACUUGGUCAAGGAAUUUUUUGGGGGUCCUUGGCAAUAGCAACUGGGACGUGUCUUUUCAUUCUUAUGACGACAGCAAAUGAUAAGUAGCCAAUUCUUCAACAAUUUUCACCAUUUUUAUUGGACCUAAUGUCGUCGUUCAGCCAGCACUUACAAUAUGUUUUGCAUGAAAUAAUGAUUUCACUCAGUCUGUGCAUACCAUGCUUCACAUGUUUGAAAGCAGUU